CCAAGAAUGUAAAGAUAAGUAUGGCAAACCAGUGGGUAGGCCGUUUAGGGAGUGCAGCGAGGAUGAGAGCGAGCAAGUAUGAUGUCAUCCGUGAGGUUUGGAAGAGUGUGGCUGUCCCGAGCAUUAUGUAUGGAAUGGAUGUGAUGACAUGGAAUGAGAGUGAGAUACAAAAAUUGGAGGUGGGGCAGAAUAGGGUAGCAAGAAUGGCACUGAAUGCACCAAGGUUUGCAGCAGUAGAGGCUCUUAGGGGUGACAUGGGAUGGAGCACGUUUAGGGAAAGACUAAUAAAGGCAACCUUGAGAUAUAAAGUGAGACUGGAACAAAUGGAGGAUGCAAGAUUAGCAAGAAAAGUAUACUUGUGGAAUAUAAGAGAUGGCAAAUGGGCGAAUAAAUGUGGGCGAAUGAUAGACAGGAAUGUUAUGCUAAGUAGGUGGGUGUACCGACCCUUUGAGGAUAGGCAAAAUGUGUUUGAAUGGAGAGUAACAAACAGAAAUGGAGAGGGGUUUGAGUGGGAUGUAAGAAAGUGGAAGAAUGUGAUAGAUAUGGCAGUUAAAGAUGAGGGAUUGAGCAAGUGGAAGAAUGAGAUGGAAAGAAAGGAAACUCUCGACUGGUAUAGGGAGAAAGAGGCCCCAAAGUGUGAGGUGUGGUAUGAGGGAAGCCUGGGAGGUGAUCUUCUUUUCCGUGCUAGAGCGCAGUGUCUGGAUGUGAAUGCAAGGAACUAUAGAUGGUCUGAGUCCCGCAGCAAAGUGUGCCAGAUGUGUGACAGGGGUGUGGACGAGACUGUGCAGCAUGUAGUGCUGGAAUGCAAGAAGUAUGACAGGGAGAGAACGAAGAUGAUGCAUGUGUUUUUGAGCGAGAUGGGACGUGGAGUAAACGGGAGGACUGGAAGGGAGUGGAUGGUGCUGCUGCUGGGGCUCAGUGGAGAGACGAGUGGACGAGUGAUUGAGGCAGUGAAAGAGUUCUUGGAGGGCAUGUGGCGUGAAAGAUAUAGGGAAUGA